AUGUCAGUUAACGUCGCAGGUUUCAAGUCCGGUCCCGUCUUUGACCAGAUUAAGGCCGGAGUCGAAACCCUCCCCGAAGCUCAGAAGAAGCAAAUCCUCAAGCAGGCCAAUGGCGUAUUUGAGAUUGUUAUCAAGAAUGCCGAGGGAAAGGAGCAGGCUUGGACUCUGGAACUCAAGAAGGAGGGCAAGGUGACUGUGGGAAAAUCGGAGACUAAGCCCGACAUCACCAUCAACACCUCCGAUGAGACAUUCCUGGACUUGGCAAGUGGAAAGCUGAACGGCCAAAAGGCAUUUAUGAGCGGGAAGCUGAAAAUCAAGGGAAACAUGAUGCUCGCAACGAAAUUGGACGUGGUUCUGAAGGCCGCUAAGAGCGCUCCAGUUGCUUCCGCGGGAAGUGCGGCUGCAGCUGUCGCUGCUCCUGGAGCACCCUCGCCUGCGCCUACACCUGCCCCAGUACCAGCGGCAGCUCCGGCAUCGUCAGGAAGUGUGGAAGUCCCUGGGUUCCAGUCCUCUGCCAUCUUCUCUCAAAUUAAGGCUGGCCUUGGCGCGGCAUCGAAGGAGCAGAAGGAAGCUACCGCGAAGAAGGCGAAGGCCGUUUUCCAAUUCGACGUUAAGGGUGACGGAAAGGUCCAGACUUGGACUUUGGAUCUGAAGGACGAUGUGAGCGUGACCACCGGUGCACCAGCGAAGAAGCCGGACAUUGUCAUCACAAUCAGCGAUAAGGACUUUGUCGACCUCGCAUCUGGAAAGCUCAACGGACAGAAGGCAUUUAUGGGCGGCAAACUCAAGAUCAAAGGAAACAUGAUGCUUGCGACGAAGCUCGACGCGAUUCUCAAGGAGCUGAAGCCCCAAGCGAAGCUUUAG